ACCCCUAAAUAAGGUCAGAGAAUAGAGUUAUCUUUUAUGUUUUGUGUCUUAUAUCACAAGUACGUGGUCUUAUGUCUCUCAAGACUCUUAUCCGCUCGAGCUCGUAUUUGCUGCACGCUUCAAGUUGACUUUUCAGAAUGAGUGCAGCUGCCGCAGAAAAAGCACCAACACAGCAAUUUGCUGACCGUUUAUUUGACAGCGCAGCCACUGGGAACUUAGAGGAAGUCAAGUCCUUACUUAAUGCUGGUACAGCUGCUGUCAAUGCUAAAAAUGAAAGAGGGUGGACAGCCUUGAUGUUUGCAGCUCGUAAUGGGCAGUUGCCAGUCAUCCAGUAUCUUACGGAGAAAGGGUGUGAUGUGAAUAUAAUGAACUCAUCAGGACAGACAGCACUAGACAUUGCCUCAUUCUGGAACCAUAUAGACAGUGCUGUGUAUCUCCAGAAACACAGCACUCAGUCACCAUAUGACCUGGUCAGCAACUACUUUUCCCAGAAUCCUUUGUACCGUGCUUCUGACCUCCGGAAAAACAGUGAAUGGCUAGAAACAGUGAUGAAGAAAGAGAGCACGAAGUAUGUUGUGUUUGAUGCAGAUUUGUCACCAUUCUUUAUACAGGGAGAAGAAAACAGGUUCAAGUUUGCUGUGUUCACUUACAGCCAGCUGGUCUCCUGUCUGGCCAUAAAAGCCCAGGUAAUAUUUCUAGGGUUGGAGACAUGGGAUCCUCACUCUUCAGCAUGGUUUGCUGUCAGACUUCCUGAUCAAGACAACUCUGUGUGCAAAGACAGUUACCCUGAUGGUAUUUUUGCAAGCUUAUUUCCAAGGGGAAGAGAAGUCUUAAGGCUAGAAAAGACACAUGCAGGAUUAUUUGCAGAGGCUAAUUCUGUCUUAACGUGGCUGGAUCGCUAUAAAUUCUGCCCAACAUGCGGCAGUUCCACCCAGGUGGUGGAAGGCGGGUACAAACAGGUGUGCAGCAACACCCAAUGUCGCAGCCGAAAUGGUGUACACAACACCUGCUAUCCACGUGUUGACCCCUCUCUCAUCAUGCUUGUGGUCACUGGUGACAACAGACGUUGUCUGCUAGGAAGGGCAAAGCGUUUUCCACCCAAAAUGUAUUCAUGUCUUGCCGGAUUCAUGGAACCAGGGGAGUGCAUUGAAGAUACAUGUCGAAGAGAAGUAGAGGAAGAGAGUGGAGUCAAGGUCGGACGUGUUGAUUAUCACUCAAGCCAACCAUGCCUUUCCCAGCAACACUUAUGCUUGGCUGUAUUGCACAUGCUCGCACAGAAGAAAUUAAGGUUGACCCAAAUGAACUGGAGGAUGCCCGUUGGUUCACCCGGGGAGAAGUGGGUCAGAUGCUGGCUGCAAGACAUCCUGAUGGCAUGUUUUUGCCACCAGAGGAGGCUAUUGCCCGGCAAUUGAUCAUGUACUGGGUAGCAAGAUCUGCCACCAAUCUCUGACCUUAGAAGAGUUUGAUUUCAGAAACAGAGUGAUUGUACAUGGAUUUAUAAAUAAAAAGGCCAUAUUCCACUAAAAAUAAUAGGAAGCAAAAGUGCUGUCUGAAGCAGUGGUUUUAAAAUAUUCUGAAUAAAAAGGAUGCAUAAUAUAAACAAUUGCAGUACAAAUGAUCAUGAUGUGUACUGUAUGAUCAUAGAACUAUUUUCUGAUAGCAUAUACCUAAUUAAGCGUCAUUUAUAUUUAUGAUGUUGCAUGAUUCCUCAGGCCCACCCCCCCAACCAUCUCUCUCUCACACACACAAAGCAAAAAAGACUGUGCUUUUUGUUUAUGAGCAUUGCAUACAAGUAAAGUUGAUCAAGUAAUUUGGUUUUUAAGGCAUGCUUUUUGGAUUAUAUGGUAAUGAAACUAGCUACCCAUUUUCAAUUAAAAUAUCCUGAUGUAGUUUAAGCAGAAUCCCUCCUUUAUGUUGUUCUUCUUGUUUCCUAUUCGCCCCUAGUGGAGCAUAGGGCUGCAACCACACCCCGCCAUCGGACAGG